AUGUCCGACAACGGCGAAGCCGACCAAGUUUACAACAACAGUCACCGCGCCUUCUUACAGUCCUUCUUGUCCCGUGCAACCCUCACAUUCGAACAAGCCAGACCCAUUGUCGCAGCCAUUGAGAAAGCUCAAGCCCAAGACGGCCGCGAUAUCCGGCCUGCCGACAUUACUGAGCAACAUGUCUCGACCUACAUCGACGUGACCAAUGCCGCCAUCUCCCCCUUCGAUCUCGAGAUCCGCGACACCCUCUCACAGCACGACCGGACCCGUAUCUACGCUCUCGUGAACGUCUCCUCCGAUUCCAUCACUCAACUCGCAACCACACAUAGCCCAGACGUGAUCGCCUUUGUGAAGCGCUGUCUCGAUGCCAUGUUUGAGACCAACAACACGCAUCGCAGCGAGGUGCUUGCUGUCAAAUCCACCGACGCCCUAAGACUGGCUAAGGCCCCACCCAACCAGACUCAAGACCCUGAAGCCUCCCAAGGUGCUCAAUCUCAGAGUCUGACUAUGAUGCAGGCUCAGAAGACGUUACAGGCCAUGGUUGACGAAGGCUGGUUUGAGGUCAGCAAGAAAGACUUCUACACCUUGACCCCACGUGCUCUGAUGGAGCUGCGAGGCUGGCUGGUCGAAACCUACAAUGAUGAGGAAGACGAGAGAAUCAAAAACUGCUCUGCUUGCAAGGCAAUAAUCACAAUGGGAGAGAGAUGUCCCGAUCUUGACUGCUCGGGUAGACUACAUCAACAUUGCAAACGCAUGGCUUUCAGGGCACAGAACAACAACGAGCGCUGUCCCGUGUGCAAGAAAGAUUGGGAGGACGCACCGCCAGUAGGCGAAAAAGCAGCAAUUCAGAACAGAAGAAGUACAAAUGGCACUGGUGCCUCGGGACGACCUUAUACCACAGCCCAGACCGACGGCGCAGACGAUUCACUCGACGACUCGACAGCCGACGAAGAUUGA